AAGUAGAGAGAAGAGAUAAAUUUCCUUGGGUUAAUAUUUAUUUGUCAUUUCUUGAUGAAAGCUGCAGUUUUUAAGAUGCCCCAAUAAAGAGAUGAAAAUUCCAAGCAAAGAUAAGAAGAAGGAGGAGGAACAUUGCUUUCUUAAAAGGGUCAAACUUUUAAAGUCUUUCACAGAGGAAGAUGGCAUCCUCUAGAGAUGAUGCAUUGGCCACCAUGGCUGUCAAUAGAGUGAAUCAACUUAUGGAGGAAAUAGGCACUGCCACCACCGACUUUCGGGUACUCAUCCCUCAUUCGAAUUCUCAGCACUUUGUCUUGGGUCCAGCACUCAAAUCUGACAAUAGGUUCCCUGACAUUUAUAGUGAAUUUCCCAAAAGGAAAACCGAAGAUUUUCUUGUACAUGAUCAAAAUGCCAAGUUCUAUGAAUGGUUUCAUCAAAAGCAUCGGUUUUGGCCUGGCAAUGAUCCUGAUUGGGUCUCUUGGUUUAAAAGAGUUGAAGCUCAAAAGAGUUAUGUUUGGCAUCAAGCUGGGAUCUAUGACAUUCUCCAGUUCUCUAAGUUUACCAUUCCUCUUAAUCGUUCUUUAGUACUAGCUGCACUCUGCUUUUGGUCAAUUUCCACAAAUUCUUUUCAUUUUGGUCAUGGUCCCCUUACUAUUACUCUCUUGGAUCUUAGUGCUCUGGUAGGACUUAGACCAUGUGGUGCCCAAUUUGAUGCUGUCGUCGCUGAUUCCAUCUCCAUGCCGGAGGAUAAUUAUGGCAUUGAAGUAAAUCAGUUCUCCAGUUUUCCUUCAUUUAUUAGGGAACAUAACAAUAUUGAAGGAGCUGUGACAGAUGAAGAGCAUGUAGCAUUUCUUCACUAUUGGCUUUGCCGUUACCUUCUUUGUUCUCCAUCAUUCAAGAUCAUCAAAACCAAUUUGCCUUUGGCUGUGGCUUUGUCUAGGGGUGAGUCGUACGCCUUAGGACCCCUGGUUCUUGCCUACUUGUAUAGAGGCAUCAAGGACUUGCUGCACUCUCAGCUAAAUACUACAGGUGGACCAAUAUGGAUUCUUCAACUUUGGCUUCAUGCAUACUUUCCCAAAAUGCGUCCAGAUUGUUUUGCAAUUCCCAACCUCUCCUGUCAUGGACUAAAAUAUGUUUCUUUCAAACAGCCUAAACUUUUGUUUCAUGAUUGUUUAUUGUAUAUGAGCUACUUAGACAGAGAAGAGAAUUUCAACUUCAAUCCAUAUUCAAAGUUAGAUGCUUUACCUCCAUGGUUAAUAUUUCCUUGGACUGAAAUGACGGAAACUGAAUUUUCUACACUCAAGGACAUGUGGGCUAGCUUUCUUGUUAGUCGUGAUCUUCCUGUAGGUGUAGCUCUUCCAAAAUUUGGAAACAAAACGUUUGGUUUUGAAGCAUAUUGCCCAAAUCUUUGUGCACGCCAGUUCGGGCUGAUUCAAGGCAUUCCUACUCCCCCUUUCUUCUCUCUUAAUACCCAUUUCCCAGAAAAGAUGGUUGUUCGCAGUUUUGAAGAACAACUCCAGGUGCUUAAAGUUACUACAGCUCAUUUGUUCACAAAACUUGAACUUUCUUCAUAUUCACCACUACCUAGUACCACCUCAUCCUUCAAAGCUUGGUGGACCAAAUACUAUAAGCACACCUUUCCUCAAGAUUUGAACUAUCUUGAAAAGCUUGAUGACUUGACCCGAAACAGAACGCCUCGCCAAGAGCCAUCAGAGAAAGCAAGAAAGAAUGCUUUGAGGAAGCGCAAAGGGGUAAUCACCAUUCAAGACCCCAGUUCUCACCAACAGCGAGUACCAGAGAGUGGUAAAAGGAUUAGGUAUGUAACUAAGCAAGGAAUCUGUUCAAGUGUGACGGACGGAAAAGGAAUGCUGCCUAUGAUUCAAUGCCUACGUGGACAGGGCAGAGUUCAUAGCAAGACAAGAAUGACUAUUAAAGCAUGCCAUAUUUUGAGAAGUAUAAGAAAGGGAAAUUAUUUAUGUCACACCAAGUUUGAGGAAGCUGCUACUAAGACAAAGAGGUCGACAGUGUGUAAGAACAAACAAGCUAAUUGCUCAUCUAAAAAUCAAUUCCAGAGUGGGCAAGGGAAAAGUUCUGGCAACACACUGAAAGGAGAAGUGCAUUGUUAUUUGAUAAAUCUGACACAUUCCCAUUCUCAGUCUCUCUCUGAGGCCACCAAAGCCACCUUCCAAAAGAAAACAUGUCCUCAGUCAAAGCAUCAAGACUCUGAUGCUGUAUGUGGACUUGUUGUUGAAUCAACUGAAGAUAACAUUAAUUUUCAGGUUAAUGAUCCUCCACUAACAGAGACUAUGGAUGCUUCAAAUGAGAAGCUACCUGGUCAAAUUUCAUCUCCGCCAACAGAAGCAGCUGAGCCUCAGACUCCUCAAGAGCCAAGCAUUCAAUUCCCAUUCCAUGCACCUUCAUCUCAUCCUAAACCUUCUAGUUCUCAUACCAUACGUGACCCUGAGGUGUUUUGUUCUAUACGAGCUUUGGAGUUUCUGGAACGUUAUCUACACAUGCAUUCAGAUAUUGGUAUCAAAACUGAAGAAACUCCCAUUCCUAAAUCUGAAGAAAUUUCUCAAGCCAAGGUCAAGAUCCAAAGUAUUUCAACACUUCCUCUGGAUGAAGUCAUGGAAACUGAAUGUUUGCAAAGCUUCAAAUCAUCACUGGAAACUUUGCUCAGAUCUAAUGACCAAACUGCAGUGCAGUUGGCAAACAUUGAAGAUGUCCUGAGAAAGCUUGCUUUUCUGGAGUCCAAGUACCCCUCAGCUAGUGGAAUCACAGCUGAAGUUAACAAAGCAUUUGUUCAGAAAGUACAGCUGGAACAGGAAGUGGAAGUCUACACUGGCCAAAUUUCUGAAGCUAAAAAAGAAGAGGCAAAGUUUUUCGAGUGUGUAAGUAUACAGAAGUCGAGAGUUGAGGAACUUGAGACAAAAUUGGCUGAAGAGAAAGCUACUUUGAUUGCAUUGGAGAAGUACCAUGCCACCUACAAAAGCAAAAUGGAUGAAUUGAAUUACAAGUGUGAGCAAGUGCAGCAGAUGCUCUGUCAUCAUAGUAUUAAUGAGAGAACUUUGGUGAACAAAGCUUUGCAAGCAAGAGGUGAUUUUAAAUCGAUAGAAGCAACUUGGGUUCAGAUCCAGCAUCUUGUUUCCACAAUUGGUGGCAGCAAGCGGAUUUAG